AUGUUGGGAGCGUUCUCCAUCUCUGACUUCAAUGAGUCCCUCUUGUCCUUCAACAGUUCGGCCUGCACUGCAGGGCUGUGGUGCACUAAUGGCUCGGGGGCCCAGAGCCCCCCACACUUGGUGGAUGCCUGGCUGGUGCCUCUCUCCUUUGCCAUGCUGAUGGUGGUAGGGCUGGUGGGCAACUCCCUGGUGAUCUACGUCAUCGCCAAGCACAAGCAAAUGAGGACUGUGACCAACUUCUACAUCGCCAACUUGGCCACUACCGACAUCAUUUUCUUGGUCUGCUGCGUCCCGUUCACCGCCGUGCUUUAUCCACUUCCAGGCUGGAUCUUUGGGGAGUUCAUGUGUAAAUUUGUCAACUACAUCCAACAGGUCUCGGUGCAGGCCACGUGCACCACCCUGACUGCCAUGAGUGUGGACCGGUGGUACGUGACAGUGUUCCCACUCAGAUCCUUCAGGCAGCACACUCCUCUUGUUGCCGCUGCCGUAAGCGCCAGCAUCUGGGUCAGGUCUUUUCUCGUCUCGCCGGUUUUGGUUUACAACCAGCUGACAGAGGGCUACUGGUUUGGCCCGCAGAUCUACUGCAGUGAGUCCUUCCCCUCCAUCCGCCACAAGAGGGCCUUCAUCCUGUACAACUUCCUCUUGGUUUACCUUCUCCCUCUGGCAACCAUCCUUCUUUGCUAUGUGGCCAUGCUUUGCCAGAUGGGGCGCCCCACGGUGGAGCCUGUCGACAACCACUGCCAGGUGCAGCAGGUGGCCGAGCGCACAGGAGCCACGAGGGCCAAGGUUUCCCGCAUGGUGGCCAUCAUCGUGGUCCUUUUCGCCGUCUGCUGGGGGCCCAUGCAGCUUCUGAUCCUCUUUCAGGCCUUCGGCACCAAUGUCCCUCACAACUACUCCACCUACAAGGUGAAGAUCUGGGCCCACUGCUUGUCCUAUGCCAACUCCUCUGUCAACCCCGUCGUCUAUGCCUUCAUGGGCACCAAUUUCCAGAAGGCAUUCCGGAAAGUCUUCCCUUUUGCCUUCCAGAGCAGGGUAGGCAGUGCUGGCGUCACUGGCCGGGCCAACGCCAACACGGAGAUGCAGCUUGUUUCAUCGGGGAUGUAGGGCGAGAGAAACACCUUUUCUGGGAUGGAGCCAACUAUAAGAACGUAAGAAGAGCACUGCAGCUGCAUCAGGCCAGUGGCCCAUCUAGUCCAGCCGCCUGCUCUCAUAGUAGCCAACCAGAUGCCCACGAUGGGAAGCCCAAAAGCAGGACCUGAGCGCAGGAGCAACUUUCUCAUUCAUGAUCCCCCAACAACUCGGGUUCUGAGACUGGAAGGAAGAUAAAGCUCUCAUGACUUGUAGCCAUUGAUGGCUUUACCCUCCCCCAUGAAUUUUGCUAAUCCUCUGUUAAAGAUGUCCACAUUGCACCCAUCCUUACUACUUGUGGCAGGGAGUUCCAUAGGUUAACUAUGUGCUAUGCGAAGAAAUCACAGAUUGGGGGCAGGAGAAAGCAAUGCAAAAUGCAAAUAAUCCAUCCCAUCCCACCUUAGGCGAUAACUGCUCCUCCUUUUCAUGUGUGUGUAAUAUGUGAGCUGUGGGUGGGGGUGUUUUGUGCAGAUCCUGUGGGCUUUGCAUGUGCUAUGUCUGUGGGGUGUACCUGCAUGUGGGUGUUUACUGCUGGAAGAGGUAUCCACCCAAAUUGCAAAUGUUCAGGUGCAUUUGUUAGCCAAAUGUUAGCUGUCAUGCAAUUCAACUCCACUAGAUGUCA